CUCGUACGAAAUUUGACAUUACAUAAGUCAUGGAACACUACUAGUACUACCUUGACCGCUUGCAUCGAUCGCGCGCGCCAGUCCUCGUCGAACACGAACAACCCACUCAGACGUUAUAGUACCUGAUUGAAGUGGUACUGCAUCUCUUCUUCUCCGGGCUUAUUUGGACACAUCGAAGCAAUCAUGAAUCGAAUGAUAAUCCUUAUAUUUAGGGCGAAGCUUUGCGAUUUAUAUUCCCUGUUCAUCUCCACGAUGUCCAACAAUCAUCCACGUGAGAAGAACUCAGUCACCGACCUUGAGAAGGAUUCCGCGUGUAGGGAUGGUCUCUCUGUGAUCAUCCCCGGGGACAAACACGGAUGGCUCUCCCAUCCGUUAGCAAAGACUCUUAUUAGCUGGGGCGUGGAGGAACGAGGUACUAUUCCAGUUCCUGAAGAGGAGCGGAUGGAUACCCAAUAUUAUAAAAUUUUCUUCGUUUGGUUCUCAAUGAGCUUUAACAUCCUCUCCUUCUCCGCCGGAACCCUCGGUCCAAUCGCUUUCAGACUCGGACUUCGUGAUUCUUGUCUCGUUAUCUUAUUCUUCAAUAUCUUGUCAUGCGCAUUACCUGCAUAUUUAAAUACUUGGGGUCCUCGAACCGGUAUGCGUCAGAUGAUUCAAACUAGGUACAGCUUUGGAUACUUUGGCAUCAUUAUACCCGCUAUCCUUAACUUGAUCGGCAUGUGUGGCUUCAAUAUCCUCAAUGGUAUAGUCGGUGGACAGGCACUGGCUAGCGUAUCUGAUAAUAUGAGCUGGGAUGUAGGCAUUGUCAUUAUCUUCGUCAUUGCGCUCUUCAUCUCCUUCAUGGGCUACAGAGUAAUCAACUGGUACGAACGUGUUUCGUGGUUCCCAGUCCUUAUCGCAUUCUUGGUCGCACUCGGCCUGGGUGGCAAGAAAUUGUACAACGCUCAACCAGCGGAACCGGCAUCUGCUUCCACUAUUAUCAGCUUCGCAUCUGUUAUCGCUGGUUUUGUUAUCACCUACUCUUCAGUCGCAUCUGAUUUCACAAUGUACUAUUCACCCACCGUUCCCCGGUCCAAGAUCUUUUGGUAUGCAUAUCUGGGGUAUCUCGUACCUAUCGUCCUUCUUGAGUGCCUUGGAGCCGCAGCAGUUCUUGCUGCACCAAACAUUCCUAGCUGGAAAGAUGGUUAUGGAACGGAAGAUAACGUCGGCGGCCUCUUGGAGGCGAUGCUCAGGCCAGUCGGUAACUUCGGGAAGUUCCUCACCGUCCUUCUCAGCCUGAGCGUAACCAGCAACAUCGCGUGCACGCUUUAUUCUAUCUGUUUUAAUUUCCAAGUGGUGGUUCCGGCCAUGUCAAGAGUCCCAAGAUAUGUCUUUUCGAUCAUCGGCACGGUGAUCGCAUUGCCUCUAUCCAUUGUAGGAGCUCACAGAUUCUAUACGGCGUUAACCAAUUUCCUUUCGCUAAUCGGUUACUGGGCAAGUACGUACGGCGCCAUCCUCCUUGUCGAACACCACUACUUCCGCAAAGGUGACUUCAGCACCUAUGACCAUGCCAUAUGGAAUGUUCCGGAGCGUCUUCCCUGGGGGGCAGCUGCCGUCACAGCUGGCAUACUGUCUUGCGCCCUGAUUAUACCUUGCAUGAACCAGGCGUGGUACCAGGGCCCUAUCGGCGUCAUCUCUGGCGAUAUCAGUUUCGAGGUUGCGUUCCCUCUUGCAGCCCUACUUUAUAUCCCACUUCGAAAGCUCGAGAUUAAAUACCAGAAUAUCCAAUAUUAAGCACACGAGUUAGUUGUAAGUUAGAUGUGCGAUACGCCAGGAACGUGUAGUGUCUUGCUAAGAGAAAUCUUAAUUUCACUUACCUUGAUUCAGAACAGGAAUCUAGGGUUGCUCCUAUUUACUUUAAUCCAUUCAUCCCUGCUCGCAUCCUCUAUGUAAUGUAUGUUCACGAAGCAAUAACAACCCGAUGCCUCCGGAGCUGUGUUAUCAC